AUGUCCAGACCUAUGGAUAGUGGAUAUAACAAUGGAGAAAGGGACCCCGAAAAGGAUUCGGACAACGCCGGGUUAUCAGAGACUCUUUCGAAUAGACUGAGGGCAUGGCUUGGAGCUCUGCCUGAGUCGCCAUCUUCACCAUCAACACUGGGAGCUCCCUCUCCAUCUUCUGCACCAAUGUCACCGAGCCGGUCAAUGGCAGGAGACUUGUCUCGUUCUUCAGAGUUGUGUUAUCCUAAGUUUGACCCCACGACGCAUUUGAGAUAUCGACAGGGACAUCUUUCAAAGGAAGUCAAGCUCUUAUCGCUGGGAGUAGAGGAGUCUGACCAAAUGGACAUUACGGGCGAAGGAGCUUUGCCCCUUUUUACAAAACAAUGCUGCGAGAUUAUGAGAAGAGAGCUUAUCAACUGCCAGCAAGCUUUAGUACUGAAAAGGACGAACAAAAAGAAAUCAUCACUGCGCUAUCUGUCACAUGGAAAGCAGUAUAAUGAGAAACACUUGGGUGAUCGUCAUAGAGGCUCGGUCACGCCACUAAUUUCUGAUGACCGAUCUCUCAAAUCUUCAUGCCUAGCACCCACGCUACGCGAAUGCGCCGAUGUGGCGCCCUUCUGCUACAGUGCUCUGACGCAUCCGAAAUCCAUUGCUGCUGUAAGUGCUAUUGCUGGUCAAGAUCUUCAAAUUUGUCCGGAUCUUGAGAUAGCCCACAUUGCUUUGUGCAGGCUAGAUCCACUGGCCAAACACAAGAAGGCUAGCGCCAUUACAAAGGAAUCAGGAACAUCCACGAAGUCGGUAGCGUAUCCUUUCAUAUGCGUCGUGCGGCUCACCGGGGACGAUAGCAGUUUCGAGCUUCCCCCGAUAGGAUACAGCACAAUACUUCAGGGUAGAUUCACUGAAAACAUAGCAAAAAAUCAGCUGUGCUCUCUGCGUUUAUUUGCAAACAGUGAGGCCAGUACCAAAAAACAGAUCUACAACGUGGUCCUCACAGCCACGUUUCAGCCGCGAGACAUAAUCAAGUACGAAGAUGGCCGUUUUCUAUCUCGUGCGGAAAACUAUGUGUUGACUGCAAAAAAGCUAGUUCUGACGUUGUGCUACAAAGAUAAUCAAACCCGGCCUGAUACAGCGCAGGAGUCAGCGGACGACUACAAGAAUGUCGAGAAAUACGUUAGCUGGCUCAAGAAUUACUACGACUCUGGUCAGGCUCCAGAUGUUGAUAUGAUAAACCCAUCUGUCAUGAUACCCAACUCGCCAACCCUGAGCACUUCGAGUGUUUAG